GUGCGUUUUAGUAUUUAUUGCUGUGACGGUAAAUUCAGCGUAUAAGCCACACACAUGCAGUUGUACGAUAGUCACUUUUUUUUAUACGACGUGUGUCCUGUUCUGUGCGGCCAACUCCGUCGUGUCGAUAAUAUUUUUAAAAACGCGUAUACUACGAAACUUAAAUGAAAUAUGUUAUUUUUUCAACAAAACAAUUGAUAAUUGCAAGUUUUCGAAAAUCGACUCAGUGUUUUCUUGGUGACAACGUUCUACAUCAAAGUGAGUCUGUCGUUUAAUAGACAAUUUUUGAACAAUGAAGCUAGUAAUGUUACAACUAUUGAUCAUAAUGGGAUCAAUUAUUCAGAAUGUUUCUUCCUACAACAUAUUAGCAAUAUUCCCAUUUAGCGCUAAGAGCCACUUUUAUAUGUUCCAAAUGAUAUCUGAGGCACUAGCAGCAAGAGGACAUAACAUUACUGUUGUCAGUCACUUUCCUAAAACAUCCAUCAACACAAAACAAGGAGAUUGGAAAGGAGUUUACAAUGAUUAUAGCAUCAAAGAUAGUGUACCAAUAUAUGAAAAUUUGACAACUGAACUUGUGAUUGGGAAUGGUUUUAUUAGAGAAAUGUUGGUAAUCCUUGACGAUGGAAUAGACAACUGUGAAGGAGUCAUGUCUUCGGGUCGUUUAAAUGAUUUGAUGAGAACAAAAACAAAGUACGAUCUCGUCAUAGUCGAGAUAUUCAACACCGCAUGUUUUGUAUCGGCCGCCAGUCGUUUUGGAGCUCCGUUGAUUGGAGUAACUUCGACCAGUUUUUAUCCAUGGUAUAGUGAUAUGAUGGGCAACAUUAUCAACCCAUCGUAUAUACCUGUCAACCUGUUACCGUUUACCACUCGAAUGCCAUUUGUCGAACGGCUCAUAAACACCAUAACGCUAUCAAUCAUUAGGCUGAUGUAUUUGUUCAAAUACAAACCAAAUGCGCAGGCAAUCGUUGAUAAAUACUUGGGAAAGGCCCACGAAAACAAAUCAAAAGGUAUUGACGCUGUGAACGCUGUGAUUAUGAAUACGCACUUUACAUUUAGCGAUCCAAGACCAAAUACACCUGGCAUCAUUCAAGUCGGAGGAUGUACUUUCAAAACUCCCAAAUCGCUACCACAAGAUCUGGAGCAAUACAUAACGAGUGCCACACGCGGUAUCAUUUACUUUUCAAUGGGUUCUAUCUUAAAAGGCGCAUCAUUACCGGCUGACCAAGCACAAGCAUUCCUUGGGGCGUUCAAUCGACUACCACCUGGUUAUAAAGUACUUUGGAAAUGGGAAGAUGAUCCACCAUUUGGCUUCCGACAAGAUAUCAUAAAGUUUGUUUCAUGGACGCCUCAAUUUGACGUUUUAAAUCACCCCAAUGUCAAGCUAUUCAUAUCGCACUGUGGGUUGUUGGGAAUUUUAGAUGCACUUUACUCAGGUGUACCUAUUAUGGGUAUCCCUAUGUUUGCUGACCAGUUUUCUAAUAUGAACUACAUUAUCGAAAAAGGAUGUGGAAAACAUUUAGAAUAUGACAUGAUUAAUGAAGAUGUUGUAUAUAAUAAAAUUAUUGAUAUGCUGAGUGACAAAAGAUAUUCGACCAAUGCAAAACGAUUGUCGACUCUGUUCAAAGACCGUCAGAAUAAUCCUCUACAAGAAGCAUUAUUUUGGAUCGAAUACGUGGCAAAAUACGGGGGACAUCUUUUAAAGCCCUCCGAGUUGCCUUGGUAUUUGCUGUUUUCAAUGGAUAUUAUAAUCCUAAUCUCUAUUAUCUUUACGAUGGUCAUUUAUUUGAUAAGAAAUUCAUUACAUAUCACAUGGUCAAUGACUCAACGACUUUGGUCUAAGUCGUCAUUACAAAAAGCCAAAACAAAAUAGAAAAUUCAUUUUUUUUUUUUACUUAUAGAUAAUACUCUUUUAUUUAUUGUUGAUAACUCUCAUUUCCAGCGACACACUUGAGUAACGCUAACACCUUAUAAUUGUGUUAACUGUAUUACUUUAUUAAACGUUUUUUGUUUACAAUG